GGGGCUCUGUGUCUUUUCGCGGUCACCCUGGCUUUGCCAGAUUCCCGGGAACCCUUCCGCUCUCUGGAUCCUUGACUUGUGGCUGUGGAUGCCAUCAGGCCCGCCCUCCGCACAUCGCUCCGGGACCCACGUCGCCCCGGCGCCCUCCGCCUGCCAAACCGGGGCCGUCGACCCCCAGUCGCCUCCCUGUUAACUGCAUCCCCUGCGCCGCAAGCUCUUAAGAGAAGAUGCCCUCUGGCUUUCAACAAAUCGGCUCAGAAGAAGGGGAACCCCCUCAGCAGCGAGUCACUGCUACCCUGGUCCUCGCCGUAUUCUCUGCUGUGCUUGGCUCCCUGCAGUUUGGCUACAACAUCGGGGUCAUUAAUGCACCUCAGAAGGUGAUUGAACAGAGCUACAACGAGACAUGGCUAGGGAGGCAGGGUCCUGAGGGACUGGGCUCUAUUCCACCAGGCACUCUCACCACCCUUUGGGCUCUCUCCGUGGCCAUCUUUUCUGUGGGCGGCAUGAUCUCCUCUUUCCUCCUUGGCAUCAUCUCUCAGUGGCUGGGAAGGAAGAGGGCAAUGCUGGUCAACAAUGCCCUGGCUGUGCUGGGGGGUGCCCUCAUGGGCUUGGCCAAUGCUGCUGCCUCCUAUGAGAUGCUCAUUCUUGGACGGUUUCUCAUUGGCGCCUACUCAGGGCUGACAUCAGGGCUGGUGCCCAUGUAUGUGGGGGAAAUUGCCCCCACUCACUUGCGGGGUGCCUUGGGGACGCUCAACCAACUGGCCAUCGUCAUUGGCAUUCUGAUAGCCCAGGUGCUGGGCUUGGAGUCCCUGCUGGGCACUGCCACCCUAUGGCCACUACUCCUGGGCAUCACGGUGCUGCCUGCUCUCCUGCAGCUGGUCCUGCUGCCCUUCUGCCCAGAAAGCCCCCGCUACCUCUAUAUCAUCAGGAACCUGGAAGGGCCCGCCAGAAAGAGUCUGAAGCGCUUGACGGGCUGGGCCGACGUGUCUGGAGCUCUGGCUGAGCUGAAAGAGGAGAAGCGGAAGCUGGAACUCGAGCGACCACUGUCCCUGCUCCAGCUCCUGGGCAGCCGUACCCACCGGCAGCCCCUAGUCAUUGCAGUUGUGCUGCAGCUGAGCCAGCAGCUCUCAGGCAUCAAUGCUGUUUUCUAUUAUUCAACCAGCAUCUUCGAGACGGCAGGGGUAGGUCAGCCAGCCUAUGCCACCAUAGGAGCUGGAGUGGUGAACACAGUCUUCACCUUGGUCUCGGUGUUCUUGGUGGAGCGGGCUGGGCGCCGGACACUCCAUCUCCUGGGCCUGGCAGGAAUGUGUGGUUGUGCCAUCUUGAUGACUGUGGCUCUGCUUCUGCUGGAGCGGGUUCCAGCCAUGAGCUAUGUCUCCGUUGUGGCCAUCUUUGGCUUUGUGGCAUUCUUUGAGAUUGGCCCUGGCCCCAUCCCCUGGUUCAUUGUGGCCGAGCUCUUCAGCCAGGGACCUCGCCCAGCAGCCAUGGCUGUGGCUGGUUUCUCCAACUGGACGUGCAACUUCAUCAUUGGCAUGGGUUUCCAGUAUGUUGCGGAUGCUAUGGGUCCCUACGUCUUCCUUCUAUUUGCGGUCCUCCUGCUUGGCUUCUUCAUCUUCACAUUCUUAAAAGUGCCCGAAACUCGAGGCCGGACGUUUGACCAGAUCUCAGCUGCCUUCCGCCGGACACCCUCUCUUUUAGAGCAGGAGGUGAAACCCAGCACGGAACUUGAGUACUUAGGGCCAGAUGAGAAUGACUGAGGGGCUGUGCUGGGGAGGGAGAGCCAGUUCUCUCGACCUCCUCAGAGACCCCCUCCUUUCCUCUGAAGCACUUUAACCCUCUCCUCCCCAUUAUUCCCAGGGUGGAAAAUACCCACAGCCUGGUGGAAUUGGGAAGCUGGAGGGAAGGGUGGUCCGAGCAUGCCCUCAGUCCCCCUGUGUAAUUCUCUUGGGUUAUUUAUGUUAUGGUUAGGCUGUGGCCAUCAGGAUGGGCCAUUCUCCCCUUUCAUCCCUCAUUCCUCCAUAGCCCACCCAACUCCGCUCCAGACUUUCAUUCCCCUGCUAGAGAAGGGGAUUGGAGGCUCUAGGAUUGACAUUUUAGUGGUGGUGACCUGAAGCAGAACACAGGACUGGAGAAAUCGAGUUCCCUGCCACCUCAGACUCCUCCCACUCACUGGCACUUUCUCCAAAUUCUUGCCCCAUAGGCUCUGGGUAAAGGGGGUUCUGUCUUGACCCCUCCAGGGUAAAGGAUAUGCCCUCCCAAGGUCUAAGCUCACCUCUCUCACUGCAGGCUCAGUCCUGUCACUCAGCCUUCUGGGGCAAAGGAACAUAUGCCCAGAUGUGGUGAGAGGAAGAGACAGCAGCCUCCACCUCUAGACUUAGGUCUCUGUGCCCUACCCCAGCUGCUCCCCAAAGCUGCUGAGCAGGGGGCACCAGCUGUUUGCUCCUCUCCCAUCCUGGAAGGGUGUUGGACCCACAGGCUUUUGACCAACUAUGGAAAAGAGGGAUUUGAAAGGCUGCCUGUAAACACUGAGCUGGGUGGAGCCUUCAGAUAUUUUUGUAUAUGUUUGAAAAAGAAGGGGUAGGGAGAAGAAAAAAACCAAAGGUCUGUUGUACUUAAUGUAUAUAUAGAGAGAUACACAUAUAAAGUCACUGUAUGAGACAAGCGUCCUGUCAUAGAAGCACUCAAGGAUGGGCGGAGACAGGGACCAGAACUGCCUUUCCCCCCCUCUGCCUCCCUUGCCAUCCUGCCUCAGCUCAAGACUGAAGAAUCCUCCGGAUGCUGUCACUCAUGCCCCCACUUGUAUUUAUAGUCAUUGCUUUUAUUAACAGUAAAUGCUCAAGUCACAGCCACAAGUGCCA